AUGGGUAGCCUAAACUACUUUCUUGGUAUUCAAGUGACCAGGACAGACGGUGGUGGUCUUCUCUUGUCUCAAGAGAGAUAUGUUAAUGACUUGUUAAAGAAGGCUGAGAUGCAAGAUGGUAGGCCGUGCGUCACUCCCCUGCCAUCAACGGUUAAGUUCUUUGCCUUUGGGGGAUCUACCUUCAAUAACCCGAAGCUCUAUCGGUCUGUUGUGGGUAGUUUGCAAUACCUUACCGUGACCAGGCCUGAGUUGGCUUAUUGUAUACUUGUGAAAUGUAUUCUGCAUUACAUUCGUGGUACCUCCAACUUUGGUUUGCUACUGCAACCAGCAGAUAUCACCAUUGUGGCAGCAUAUAGUGAUUCUGACUGGGGAGGCGAUCCAGAUGAUAAAAGAUCCACUGGGGAUUUUUGUGUGCUACUUGGGAAGAAUCUGGUGUCAUGGUGCUCUAAGAAGCAAGGGCUGUGGCUCGGUCAAGCACUGAGGCUGAGUAUCGAGCUAUAG